AUGGCGGCACCCAUAACAACCGUGUCCGAGAGCCGUGAGGUUCGCGGCCUCAAUCUCAUCGCUGCCCAUUCCCAUAUCCGAGGCCUUGGUGUGGAUCUUGCAACCUUGGAGCCCAGAGCCUCUUCCCAAGGGUUAAUCGGGCAAGAAAAAGCACGGAAAGCGGCAGCCGUUAUUCUCCAAAUGGUGAAAGAGGGCAAGAUUGCUGGAAGAGCAGUGUUGGUCGCUGGUCCUCCUAGCACAGGAAAAACUGCCAUCGCGAUGGCCAUGGCACAAUCCUUAGGACCCGAUGUCCCCUUCACAAUGCUCGCAUCUACCGAAAUCUUCUCCCUCGAAAUGUCCAAAACAGAGGCUUUGACCCAAGCAUUCCGCAAGUCCAUUGGUGUGAGGAUCAAGGAGGAAAGUGAGAUCAUCGAAGGCGAGGUGGUCGAAAUCCAAAUAGAUAGGAGCGUCUCGGGGGGCAACAAACAAGGCAAACUCACGAUCAAAACGACUGAUAUGGAAACAGUCUAUGACAUGGGCACCAAAAUGAUAGAUUCAAUGACCAAGGAGAGAGUCAUGGCUGGUGAUGUCAUCUCAAUUGAUAAAUCCUCGGGGAAGAUCACGAAACUAGGGAGAUCAUACACGCGCUCACGCGACUACGACGCAAUGGGCGCAGACACCAAGUUCGUGCAAUGUCCAGAGGGCGAACUCCAAGUACGGAAGGAGGUUGUUCACACCGUCAGCUUGCAUGAGAUCGAUGUCAUCAACUCAAGAACGCAGGGUUUCCUGGCCCUCUUUUCUGGCGACACGGGUGAGAUACGGAGUGAGGUACGUGAUCAGAUCAACACCAAGGUUGGAGAAUGGAAGGAAGAAGGGAAAGCCGAGAUCAUUCCCGGUGUGUUGUUCAUUGACGAAGUGCACAUGCUUGACAUCGAGUGUUAUUCAUACAUCAAUCGUGCCCUGGAAGCAGAUCUGGCUCCAAUCGUCAUCAUGGCAAGCAACCGAGGGAACACUCGAAUUCGAGGGACGACCUACAGCUCGCCGCAUGGCCUCCCGUUGGAUUUCCUGGACCGCCUCGUCAUAAUUAGCACCCAGCCAUACGCGGCCGACGAAAUCUCGCAGAUCCUCGCGAUUCGCGCUCAGGAAGAGGAAGUUGACCUCUCGGCAGAUGCGCUUGCUCUGCUCACCAAGAUUGGCCAGGAAUCUGGGUUGCGAUAUGCGAGUAAUAUCAUCACUACGUCCACAUUGCUGAGUCAGAAGCGAAAGGCGAAGGAAGUCGGCAUCGAAGAUGUUCAAAGAAGUUACAAAUUGUUCUACGACCCGGCGAGAUCAAUCAAACUUGUCAAUGAUUUCGAGAAACAUUUCAUCAGCGACGCAGGCCAUGUUACAUUUGCCGUCAACGGCAGCAACGGUAGCAACGGGACAAUUGGUGAUGCAAUGGACACAGCUUGA